CAACUUCUCCACGACUGACGACAUUCAUUAUUUCCACCUCCAAUGCUAUUAAUAUCCUCUUUCCCGUCAAUUGCGGAUCUUUUGAAACGGCUGUCGACUCCGACCAUCUGGCCGACUAUUAAGAGAAACAACUGACAUGGCAACAAAGCCCGGUCCAGAAUCCAAGGGUCCGUGAUUUCCCUCGCAACCAUUGACCCUGUGUGGCCUCAGCUACUUUUUAACUUUCCCUUCCAGUCCAAAGAGUUAUACUUGGCCCGCUCUUUGGAAACUCCUAUCUCAACUUUACACACUCCUAACCCCUUCUUACACUUAUAUUUCUACCUAUUAUUAUUAUUAUACAUUCCAACCUCACUGACAAACCGCCCUUAAUGUCUAUUUCAGAAGCCACCACCACGGAGCUCCAAUCAUCCCUCCGCGAACUCUCCCUCAGUAACAAUAGUCCCGUGAAGGACAUUGCCCGCCCAGCGGUGAAAACUGCAACGACCAAGGCAGCAACUUCCAAGAAGAAGGCCCCUGUUGUCGCUGAUUCAUGGGAAGAUGAGGCGGACGAGUCGGAACCGGACAUUGACUCCCCAGGAUGUGCUAGCUCAUCGCUGUCGCCAUCCGUCACCACCGCAGAGGGUCCCUUAGAUCCCCCGCCGACUCCGAUUUCCCCCCAGACCUCCCAAACCUGGAGCUCUGUGCCGGUGUAUCCUGAUGUUGGCGGCGUGUCGUCUCGGACGUCGGAUUCCAGGUCCCCAUCCCGGAGGCCGGAGAAGCAGACUGCUGUUGCGGGGAGAAUGAUUGCAGGUGCUUUGGGGCUUCGGGCCCCGAAACGGACGGAGGAGCAGCGUGCGUAUGACCGUGCUGUUAAAGAGAAGGAGAUAAAGCGGCGGAAUCAGGAGCGGGAGGCGGCAGCUAAAGCUAAGGAGGAGGAAGAACGGGCAAAGACUGCUGUUUGGGAUGAUUAGGACAUUCCCUUUUCAUAUUCGCCGUCUAUAUAUUUGACUACUUGAGGCUAGCUUUUUCUAAUAUGGUUCUUUUUUUGAGGGUGGUGUAUAGUGUUGGGUAAUCGCUUGUCUCUUAUAUGGGAAUUUUUGGUUGGAUCAUUCGCAGGUGUAUUAUAUUGAGGUGUAGUACACGGGUGUAAGGAGCCGUCUUGUUUCACUUGGUGUUCUUUGUGUGAAAUUUCUCAGUCUGAUCGGGAUUAGACAAACGGCAAAGACAAUAACACUACUAGUAGGGCUCAGAUAUGACGACCAGAAUUUGCCUGCUUAACCCCAGGGAGAAUACUAUGUCGUAAGUAGUUAAUUCGUAAUACUUUAAUAACCUAUCCACAGCCCAGCAUGAUUUAGUUCGCUCGUUGUCUAAGCUUUUCUAAGCUUAAAUCAAGCCCGUAGGCGACCCCGUCCCAGCUAAAGCCCGACCGGGCCAACGCUAACACCAUUGCGCCUAUGUGUCUCAAAAAAUGCGACGGAUGAACGAAAAUAAUGAAGUGGCAAGAAGUGAAACCAAACGAUCUGGCGGGCCUCCUAACCACCGAUCUGCUCCUGGUGAACUUCCAAAGUAUCGCCGUCGGCCAUCUCCAGCUAAAGCGCGGUAAAAAGCAACUGUUAGCCAAGUGAUCUGAAUGCGCAAGGUGUAGAGGUGAGGUAAACAUACCGUGUCUGGCGUGUCUUCCGGGC